CGAACCCCACUUGUUGAUUCUUUGCUCAAUUUAUUGCGUUAAUCUGUAUUUCUUUUGCUUUUUGUUCAUCUUUUUGUUUUUGUUUUGUUUCUUCCCUUCUGUGAAUCGAUAAAGGGCUUUUGAAUGGACCAAACAAGCUAAUCCACCUCUGUUUUGUUGGAGUCUGUGAUGAUCGGCUUUUGGAGAUUCUCUUAUCUUAUCGUUCUUAAUCUCUUCAGUUUUUUGCAGUUCAACAGAAGAUAAGGCUGAACGCUAGAUUCGAAUUCCAAGUUUGUUCUUCGUUCUUCGUGGUCGAUUGUUGGUUUUAGGCUGUUUUAGGCUGUUUUCUAUCCGAUCUUCUGGUGUUCUUAACUAUUUUUCUUCAUUGCCAAACGUUUCAGGUAUAUGAAGGUGAGCCACUGAUUUUUAAGAGGUUCUAAAGUGAAAAACAGAUGGAGUAGAAGUAGAGUAUGUGUAUCAUGUGAUAGGAGUUAAUAGGGUGGUUGAGUUUGGCUUGAAAUUUUAGAAGGAAAAAGGUUUUGGGUUAAAAUGGAAGCACAGAAUCAGAAGUCUCUGGAAAGAGUUGUUUCACAAAAGGCUUUGCAAUUAGGGAGUUCAUUUCCUUGUCAAAUUUGUGUUGUGGGAUUUCUCUGUGGAGUUUGUAUUGCCUCUCUGUUUCUUGGUGCUUUUGCUUCAUUUGGUGCUCCUUUAGGAUUUGGUUGGAGUUCUUUGUCGUCUAAUUCACUGCCUGCUUCGUUCUGGAACUCCACUUCUGAAGCUAUAAACUGUAACUUGAAAGUAGAGGAGGUCGAGAGACCGAAGGAUUUUCGGAAAAUCGAGGUACAUAAGGAUGAGGAUAAAGUGUCCUUGCUAUAUGCAGCUUGGAGUUCUUCGUUGACUGAACCGAUCAGGGGAAAUAAUGCAUUUUCACGGUAUCUUGGACUGGAUAAAGCAACAGUACCAAAUGCACCCCAUUUGGAAGAUUGCAAGUUGAAAGUAGAAGCAAAUAAGCGCUUCGAUGAGCGGACCGAUGGAUUCCUUCGCUGGACAAGUUGGAAAGGGUUCUUAGACAUGCACCCGACUGCUACGAGUGAGGAAUCGAGCUACCUUCGGCACCAAGAAAUGUCUAAAGGUUCCUACCCUCCCUGGGUUACAGGAUCAGAUGAAGAAAACUACCCCUUAACUAGAAAAGUACAGCGCGAUCUAUGGAUCCAUCAGCAUCCAUUGAACUGUAGAGAUCCAAAUGUUCGGUUUCUUGUAGCUGAUUGGGAGCGGUUACCUGGAUUUGGUAUCGGAGCUCAGAUAGCUGGAAUGUGUGGCCUUCUGGCUAUAGCAAUCAACGAGAAGAGGGUUCUCGUUACGAAUUAUUAUAAUCGAGCAGACCAUGAUGGAUGUCAAGGCUCGUCUCGGUCCAGUUGGUCCUGCUACUUCUUCCCCGAAACAUCCCAAGAAUGUCGGGACCGUGCAUUUGAACUUUUGGGAAACAACACAGCAUGGAAGAGUGGAAUCAUAACAGCAAAAGAAAAUUACAGCACCAAGGAAAUAUGGACUGGUCGGGUUCCUAGAAUAUGGGGAAAUCCUUGGAGUUAUAUGCAACCCACAACAGAAGUAAAUGGAAGUUUACUUUCUAAUCAUCGAAAAAUGGACAGAAGGUGGUGGAGAGCACAGGCAGUGCGCUACUUAAUGAGAUUUCAGACAGAAUACACAUGUGGCUUAAUGAAUGCUGCCCGCCACGCCGCAUUUGGAAAGGAAGCUGCAGAAAUGGUUCUCAAAAGUGUCGAUGGAAAAUGGCCAAAGAACGAUUCAAUGGUAUCGAAACAUGAUAUCGAAGAAUUUGUUUGGUCGAAUCACAAGCCAUGGAUACCUAGGCCACUGUUAAGCAUGCAUGUAAGAAUGGGAGAUAAAGCCUGUGAAAUGAAGGUUGUUGAAUUUGAAGAAUACAUGGCCCUUGCUGGGCGUAUUAGAAGACGAUUUCCAAAUCUUGACAGCAUUUGGCUUUCGACCGAAAUGCAGGAAGUGAUCGAUAAAACAAGAAGUUAUCCGUCCUGGAAAUUUUACUAUACAAAUGUGAAGCGACAAGUAGGAAACCUUACGAUGGCCACCUACGAAGCACAGCUCGGUAGGAUAACCAGUACAAACUAUCCUCUUGUAAACUUCUUGAUGGCAACUGAAGCUGACUUUUUCAUUGGAGCAUUGGGUUCAACAUGGUGCUUUCUUAUAGAUGGAAUGAGAAAUACAGGAGGCAAAGUAAUGGCUGGAUACUUGAGUGUUAACAAGGAUAGGUUUUGGUGAACUGAAAAUUGUAUCUCUAGUCGAUCAUUUGUAAAUAGGAUUCCUUUUUUUCCAUUGUCCUUUUUGUCUUCCUCGUGUAGGGGGAAGAGGGAGGGAGAUAGAAUAAUGAGAUCUUGUGGUAUAUAUCGUACGUGUACAGAAAGAUUGAUUGGAAAUAAAAGUCUGUUCCUUUUUUAUGGUUA